GGGGGAGACAGAAAGAUACGGACAGAGAGAGAGUGCGGAGGUUCAUUCAUUGGUUCAUUCAAAAGGGAAGAACACUGACUUGUCCAGGUAGCGCGGUGGGAGAUACGCGCUGAUACCGCUCCUGUUUACUCGGAGUGUCGCUGAGUCACAAAAGACCCCCCGGGGCUCGAUCGGCGGAUCUCGCGAGCUCGUCAGCGAACGAACCUCGCUCUCAGGUGUACGUCAACAUGCCUUUUGGGUGCCUUGCCCUGUGGGAGCGACGACAUUGCAGCAGCCUGUCAGACGUGACAGAUAAAUACGAUAUCGGGCACACGCUCAGGGUGAAGGAGUUCUGUGAGCUGUGUCUGGCCAAAGAGAGGGAGACCGGCAAGGUCUUCUUCUGCAAGAAGUUCCUCAAGAAAGAUGGCAGGAAAGUGCGCAAGGCGGCCAAGAACGAGAUCAUGAUCCUGAAAAUGGUAAACCACCCCAAUAUACUACAACUCAUUCACACGUUUGAGACCAGGAAGGAAUACUUCAUUAUCCAGGAACUUGCCACAGGAGGAGAUGUGUUUGACUGGAUUCUGGAUCAGGGCAACUACACGGAGAGAGACGCGUCCUGCGUAAUUCGACAAGUGCUAGAGGCUGUGGCGUAUCUCCACUCGCUCUGCAUCGUCCACAGGAACCUGAAGCUGGAGAGCCUCAUGUACUACACCGAGAAUAACCACAACAAAGUGGUGCUGCGUGAUUUCUACCUGUCAAGGUAUGAAAAUGACGGCAUCACCGAGCCAUGUGGCACACCAGAGUACCUGGCUCCAGAAGUUGUGGCGCGUCACCGGUACGGUCGGCCCGUGGACUGCUGGGCCAUAGGGGUCAUCAUGUACAUACUUCUGUCAGGCAACCCUCCGUUCUACGACGACGCCGAGGAGGACAACACGGACCAGCACAACCGCAUUAUUUUCUGCCGCAUCGUGGCUGGAGAGUUUGAGUUUGACUCCCCCUAUUGGGACGACAUCUCUCCUGCAGCCAAAGAACUUGUCUGUAGGCUGAUGGAGGUGGACCCCAUGCUGAGAAUUACAGCCCAGGAUGCUCUGUGGCAUGACUGGAUUGCUGGCCAGGGCGCCUCCGAGAAGAACCUGAAGGACGGAGUGUGUGCCCAGUUCAAGAAGAACUUUGCUAAGGCCAAAUGGAGGAAAGCAAUUCAAGUGACCACUUUUAUGCAGCGCCUCCGUGCGCCCGAAUCCAAUGGAGCAUUGGGUGUUGGUGCUCCAGGAAAUGCGGGAGAGCAGAAGGGGGACAAGGGGGUGGUCACGGCCAGGAACACCAUGGGGGUCUCCCACAGAGUGACCAUCGAGAACCAAGCAAGAGAUGGUAAAAAAGUGGAGGAAAGGGCUGAAAAUGGAGAGACUGGAAAAGCAGGAGAGUGCAGAAGUCAUGGGAGUGCAGUCAAUGGCGAAGUGGCAAAACCGCAGUCAGCUGAGGAGCGGGACACAAAGAGGAUGCAGGGUGACGGAGGAGUGGCAGAAUGCUCCUGGAAGGCAUCGGCUCUUGAAGCUCAAAACAGAGAGUGCUCCGAAAUCUCGUCAGCGGAUCCGCACCUGGUUUUGGACGGGAGGAAAAGCGGUGCAGGUGCAGUGGAGCAGGAAGGGUCCAGCAAGAAGGAAACUCAGCUAACGUGCAGUGCUCAUACCUGCUCUUGCCAGAAGGUGGCAGUAGUAACCCCCCCUUAUUUGCAUAGUGGUUUCAGGCCUGCAUCAGUCACAAUGCCCCCUGCAGCCCAAGAGCAGCCAUCCGAGCCAAAGGCGGGAGACGAUGAGGGGGUGACAGACGUGGCUUCGGGAAGCUGGUGCCAAACUCAGCUUCCUGAGGCUGUGGCGGAGAAGGGAACGCGGACGAGGGAGCCGAAAGAUGACACACGCGAGGUGAAAAGCGGCGGCGAGCAGGACGGAGGAGCUCGUUACGCAGCCGGGACCACAGAGCUAAAUGAAGACGAAAAACCGUGUAGAGCUGGGAACGAGAAGAAAACACGUUCUCGGGAACAGGGACUGACGUCGGAUUUCGUCCAUUGUCGUUCGCCCCGUUCCUCUGCUGGUGCCGUUAUUUCGGGCAGUUUUGGGAAAGGAGUGAGCAGCAGCGGCGGCUGGCAAAUGGACAGCGUCAUUGAAGAGAUAGAGAAACAAAUGGCCGCCGUCUUCGAGAAAAUAGAGGAGGACAUGCCCUCCCUGCUGGAUCACACAGGUGCUCUGUCCAGGCAGAAAGAGAAGACCCCCCAUUUGUCCCCUUCUCUUCAGCUCCCUGCCAACAAUCAGACGGGCACUCUGUUUCACUCUGCUUCCUCCCGGUCCCCUGCAUCGUCCCUCCCCCGCCAGCCCCCACCUCCCCCCUCCUUCCCCACUGACCCUAAGCUGGUGGCAGCUGACAAACCGGGCCAGUCACCAGGAGGGUGUGUAGCAGAGACAGGACUUUAG